CACGGGACUUACCUAGUCUAGUGUAAAACUCCGCAAUGUUGUUUAUCAGCAAAUGAUGUACCAGGGGCCAUGAACGUUUCUAGCGGAUAUUAAAGAGGUCACGUGAAAUUUGGACUGUGUUCUGACGUCAUGGGAGCCUUGCGAAAUUUUCCAAUAAUAAUAAUACAAUUUGAUUACUGUGUUGAAAUUAUGUCACUAUAAAUAUGAAUUGAUAAUCGUCAAGGAAUAAGUUAUCUUGAUCAACGGAAUCGGCAUAUAAGCUGUUAAAAAUGGCCAGGGCAAGUCUAUGGCGACAAUUAAAAGUGCUACUAAAAAGGAAUCUUCUCCUUAAGAAGCGUGUAAAAUCAUCAACAAUACAGGAAAUAGCGUUUCCAUUAUAUUUUGUUAUAAUACUUGCUAUCAUCAGAGUAGCUGUGAGACCAAGGACACAACCUACGAUCAUUGGAUUUCCUGAACACGAUCUAUCUAAAGCAUUUGGACAGCCCAAUAGAAAUUUGACAUUAACAAAGAUAUUUAUUACCCCAGAUAAUUUGGACACGCGAACUAUUGGAGCAGGCUUGGCAACACGUCUCGGAUUAUCCCCUGAUAGCAUUGUGUAUUUUUAUAAUGAGACAACAGCUGUGAACGCUUAUGUAGAGAAUCCAAAGAAUGUAUUUGGGAUCCAUUUUGAUAAACUGCAGGAUAAUGCAACGUCAUAUGAGCUUCGUGUACCCAUUAAAUCUAUGCCAACAGCUUUGUCUAACCUGUAUGGCUCGCAAGGUUCCUGUAGAUCCAGUACAGAAGGACUGGCUGCUUUUUCAUGUCCUGCCAAUAGUUACAUCUUCAGUGGUUUUGCAAACCUUCAGGCUGUCAUUGAUGCAGAAAUAAUAGGGUUAAAGGGCAACAGAAGUUUUCCAUCCCCCAAGAUUAAUGUACAGAUGAUGCCCAAAGGAGAGUUUACACCAAAUGUGGCAUGGAUCCAGAUACUGUCCUCAAUCUACUUAGUCAUGGCUUAUGGUCCGUUUGUCAGCUUUCUGGCUUCUUUUCUCGUUUUUGAAAAGGAGAAGAAGAUCAAGGAGAAUAUGAAGAUAAUGGGCUUGAAUGGCACUGCAUUUUGGUUGAGUUGGUUUAUCAUAUACACUGUCCUCAUCUUCAUUGUGACAAUCGUUGUCACACUCAUUGGCUUCCUGUUGUUUGAACGCAGCAACCUCUUCCUUUUCUUUCUGAUGCUGAUGAUGUAUGGAUUGAGCAUUGUCAAUUUUGGCUUCAUCCUCUCGACAUUCUUUGAUAAACCUCAGUCGGCUAGUGCAGUUGCCAGUUUGGUCCCACUCAUAUUCAGUUUGCUGUAUUUGGCUGUAAGUUUGACAAGAAGCUACACGAUAGAUGGCCCUGUUUCCUCCAUCCCCAAUGUUGGCCAAUGGUUCUUGUGCCUGCUCUCGCCUGUAGCUCUUGCAUUGUCCGUAGAUCAGGGUCUUUAUUUGGAUAUUGCACGUGGAGGCAUGAACUUUGAAACAAUGCAUUUUGGGCAGUUCCCUCUCUGGUCUUCACUCACUAUGCUAGCUGUUGAUGUUGUGCUUUAUGGACUUCUUGCUGCCUACCUUGACAAUGUAGUACCAAGUGAAUAUGGUAUGAAGCGCCCUCUGUGGUUUUGUUUCAUGCCAUCGUUUUGGUGCCCUCGUGAGAUCAAAGAAGAGGAUUUGAUUUUAUCAGAGCAUGGCUUUGAAGAUAAUGUAACAGUUGAAGCUGUCUCAGGAGAUAUAGAACCUGUCUCGACUGAGUUUAAAAGCAAAGAUGUCCUCAGAAUGUUCAAUAUCAAGAAGACAUUCAAAGGCAAGAAAGGGGCUAAUGUUGUAGCAGUUGAUGGUAUUAACAUGGCACUCUAUGAGGGUCAAAUCACUGCAUUACUAGGGCACAAUGGGGCUGGGAAGACAACUCUGAUCAACAUGUUGACUGGGUUAAAUCCCCCUACAUCAGGCUCAGCAACAUUAUAUGGCUUGGAUGUUUCUGACACGAAUGACAUGGAUCAGAUUAGAACGAUGACAGGGGUUUGUCCCCAGCACAACAUUUUAUUUGACAAGUUGUCUUGUGUUGAGCAUCUUGUUGUCUUUAGAAGUCUAAGAGGAAUCCCUGAAGAUCAGAUUGAAAAGCAGAUUGAGAAUGUGUUGGGUGAUGUUGACUUGUCUGACCAGGCAGACACUUUAGCCGAGAAUCUUAGUGGAGGCCAAAAGAGGAAGCUUUGUGUAGCUAUAGCUCUCAUAGGAAGCCCCAAGAUUAUAUUUCUUGAUGAACCAACUGCCGGAAUGGACCCAUACUCAAGGCGCCAUCUAUGGAGCUUACUGAAACAGAGGCGGAAAGGACGUAUUAUUGUAUUGACCACUCACUUUAUGGACGAAGCUGAUAUUCUUGCAGAUAGGAAGGCUGUGAUAAGUAAAGGAAAGCUCCGAUGCUGCGGGUCAUCAAUGUACCUGAAAAAUAAAUUUGGAAUAGGUUAUCACCUGACUAUGGUGGUAGAUGGAAAGCAUAAUACAAGUGCAGUUACUGACCUAGUACAUAGACAUAUUUCCUCAGCUAAUCUGGGCCAUGAACACGCAAAUGAGCUUGCUUAUACCUUACCUCACAGCAAGGUGGAGAAAUUCCCAGAGUUGUUCUCAGCCAUAGAGAAAUCACAGGAAGCCAAUGAGGACACACCUGAAUAUUUGGGCAUCACGAGUUAUGGUAUCUCCAUGACAACCCUAGAAGAGGUCUUUCUAAAGCUAGAAGAAGCAAGUGUUGAUGAUGAGCCAGAUGUUCCAAAUGGUCCAGCAAGUGAUAAAGACAAUGACAAGCCUGCAGUUGCAAUUAACAUGCAGGAGACUCCCACUGCCAAUAAUGUAGAAUUCACUGCAAAUGGUUUGGACUCAAGAGCCUGUCAAAUUGUUGAACCAGUUGACCUCGACAAGGCCCGAUUUAAAACUCUGGUGAUGCUGAGGUUCCGGAUCGCUCUUCGAAAUCCUUUCUCCUUUACCUUUAGGAUACUGUUCCCAGCUUUGUUUGUUAUCAUUGGUGUUGCUGUGAUGAGGUUUUCGCCAGCUCCUGUACCUGUAUUUGAGGCUGCCCCAAAGCCAUUUGCUAUAUCAGCAUUUAAUUACAUAGCAUCACAGGGAAUUCCUAAUACUCCAUACAGAUAUGAGGAUAAUACUGGGGGUAGCCCAAAUGUUGCUCGUAUGCUGGCAGAUCUGUCUGCCAUCACGCAGGUGCAAGAGUUUAACAGUUCAACUGACCUCCUUGCUGUGGCCCCUACUAACCUUGCCAGCAGGUUCUAUGCAGUCAAUGGCCCACCUGGGUUUGAUGUCAACUACACCGCACUGUACAACGAUACUGCAAUACAUUCCCUACCAAGCAUCAUCAACUUAAUAAGCAACUCUCUCCUGAAUUUAGUCCUCAACGACACUAAUCGUCCACACCAAAUCAUGACUGCCAAUAAACCAUGGCCAAGCAUUGAGGUUGGCUCUGCACAAUGGAAUCAGGCAGCCUUUUCUUCAGUUAUCCUUGUGGGUUUGGCUAUGACAAUAGUCCCAGCUGGAAUGGCAGGCUUGAUUGUAAAAGAUAGAGAGUGUAAAGCGCGAAGUCAGCUUAGGGUCCAGGGUGUAACAAUGAACAUGUACUGGGGGAGUACAUUUCUUGCAGACAUUAUUCAAUUUUGUAUUCCUACAUUGAUUACUGUCAUUGCUGUUUUAGCAUUUCAGGUGCCUUCAUAUAGACCAGGUGGAGCCAUACUGAGUUUGAUCCUCUUAUAUCUGCUGUAUAUGCCUGUUUUGACCCUAUGUGGCUACAAUAUAUCAUUCCUCUUCAACAGAUUUGAGACAGCUGGUGCGAUCAUACCGCAGUUAUUUACAUAUUUGUCAUUUGUACCAUAUAUCCCUGUCUCUAUUGUACUUUCAGUUGUCAUUUGUACCAUAUAUCCCUGUCUCUAUUAUUGA